AUGAAACACUUAGCAUGGAACUGCCGAGGGCUUGGGAACCCUCGGACAAUUUGUGAGCUUCACCUGAUGGUGAAGGAAAAGUGCCCGGAUGUUGUGUUCCUGAGUGAAACAAAAUGUAGAAGGAAAAGAAUAGAACUUACCCGAGACAAACUAAGUUUUGACCACUGCUUUUCUGUUGACAGUAUCGGAAUGAGUGGGGGUAUUGCCAUAUUUUGGAAAAGAGAAAUAGAAGCUGAACUAGAUUCCUACUCUCAUAACCACAUAUCUAUUUCAGCUUCCUCUAACAUCCCAAGCAAGAAAUGGACCGUAACAUAUUUCUAUGGACAGCCUACUACUGCUAAAAGAAGUGCAAGCUGGGAUCUUCUUAGGCUUAUUCAUUCCAGAACUCAUAAUCCCUGGUUGUGCAUGGGGGAUUUUAAUGAGAUCAUGUUCCAAGAUGAGUACUUUGGCUCUAACACCCACCCCUUUAAGCAAAUGGAAGAAUUUAGACAGGCCUUAUCAGACUGUAGACUUAUGGAUAUUGGCUUUGGAGGGUCAAAGUUUACUUUGUGUAAUAAAAGGGAGGGCUCUGAAUUAACUAAAUGUCGUUUGGAUAGAGCCCUAGUCAAUGAUGAAUGGCUUAACCUUUUUUAUUCUAAUCAGAGUGAGAUAGACGGUUAUCUUGAAGAAGAAGAGCUGAAAUGGAGACAAAGAGCUAAACAAAGAUGGCUUAAGGAUGGAGACAGGAACACUAAAUACUUUCAUAAGUGUGCAACUCAAAGGAAACAGAUGAACAGAAUUAAGCAAAUCAAAAGUGAAAAUGGGAGUGUGACUUUCAAUAAGGAAGAGAUUGCAAGGACCUUUCAAGACUAUUAUCAAAACCUAUUCUCCUCUUUUAACCCAAGCAAUAUCGAAGCUGCCUUGAACUCCUUCCCUCCCUCAGUCACUACAGAAAUGAACUGCUCCCUUGCUAGCCCUUUUUCUGAACAUAAAGUUGUAAAUGCAAUUAAGGACAUGAACCUCCUUGGAUCACCUAGCCCAGAUGGAUUCCCAGCUGCUUUCUACCAUCAACAUUGGUCCACAAUAGGCAAGGAAGUGACAGCAGUAGUCAUAGAAGUUCUAAACACCAGAAAGGGUUUUGAAGAAAUCAAUCAAACAUUUAUUUCUCUGAUCCCCAAGAAGAAGUGCCCACAAUCUGUUCUAGAUUACAGACAUAUCAGUCUCUGCAAUGUCUUCUAUAAGAUCAUCUCUAAAGUAAUUGCCAACAGACUCAAGCUCAUUUUGCCUAACCUCAUUUCCCUCACCCAAAGUGCAUUUGUUUCAGAAAGACUGAUCUCAGAUAAUGUUAUUGUUGCAUAUGAGCUGUUGCAUUCCAUGCAAACAAGGUUAAAAGGGAAGCAUAAUGGCUUUAUGGCCCUUAAGCUCGAUAUGAGUAAAGCAUAUGAUCGAGUGGAAUGGGACUUUUUAAGUAAAAUAAUGAGGAAAAUGGAAUACCCCAAGAAGCUUUCACCCCUUUUAGAGGGAGUUAUUUCUGGAAUCCCAGCUGCUCGAGGCUCCUUUCAUGUGAACCAUCUUUUCUUCGCAGAUGACAGCUUGGUUUUCUACAGAUCAAACCCAGAUGAAUGGAACACCAAACUUGAGGUCCAACAAGCCAUUCUACAACAAUCAGGAAUCAAAGCUUCAGGAUCCUUUGAUAAAUAUCUGGGGUCACCAUCUUAUGUGGGCAGGAAUAGAAGCAAGGCUUUUCACUCAAUACUUAGCAGGGUCAAAGCUAAGAUGGUUAAUUGGAAGAGUAAUAUGUUGUCUCAAGCUGGGAAGGAGAUCCUUCUUAAAUCUGUACUGCAGUCAAUCCCUACUUAUAGCAUGGGGAUCUUUAAACUUCCCAAAACUAUUCUUAGAAGCCUCAACCAGCUUUUGCAAUCUUUCUGGUGGGGUCAAAGCAAUCAUAGAUCUAAAAUCCAUUGGUUGAGCUGGCAAACUUUAGGGAAAUCCAAACAGAAGGGGGCCUUGGGAUUUAGGGACUUUGAACAUUUUAACUUAGCAUUACUGGCUAAACAAGGUUGGAGGAUCAUUCAAAACCCUCUAUCUCUUGCAGCUCAGGUUCUCAAAGCCAAAUAUUUCCCUACCUCGGACUUUCUAUCAGCCAAAUUAAGACCUCAUGAUUCAUAUGUGUGGAAGAGUUUCCUACUAGCCAGACCAGUACUUAAGGCAGGUUUGAUAUGGAAAGUUGGUGAUGGAAGAAAAAUCAAAAUUUGGCAGGAUCAAUGGCUUCCAUGCCCAUCUACAUUUAGAGUGCAAUCUCCUAUCCACAUUUUAGAGGCUGAAGCUCAAGUUGCUAAUCUCAUCAACCCAGUCACCAUGCAGUGGGAUCUAUCUCUCAUUUAUGACAUAUUCUCAGCCUCUGAGGCUCACUUAAAGAGGAUAGAGUGGGGCAAUCUUCAACUCAGAAUCCCAAUUCAAGAUUCUGGAACAAAGUAUGGGGUAUCUGAGUACCUCAAAUCACUAAAUCCUUUCUUUGGAGAGCUGCUUUCUAUGAGCUCAAAAAGAAUUCAGAAAUCAAGUUUACUUGAAGGAUCUUUUAAAGAUACUCUGACCUCCAUAAUGGAUCACUUAUCUCCUCUGGAGAUCAUUGAAUUUGUUGUCACUGCAAAAGCUAUUUGGUUUAGAAGGAAUACCUGGCUCUUUGAACAGCAAUUCCAACCCCCUUCUCAAGUGUCAAAGCUGGUCCAAGUAGAGAUGGCUUCCAUUAAUUUUUGGCUGGAGAAUGGGACAAAACAGAAGGAAAUCCAAGAACCUAAAAACAACAGGUGGAUUGCUCCUCCAUUAGAUGUAUUCAAAGUUAAUUGGGAUGCUGCCAUUGAUAAAGGCAACUCGAGGUUGGGGAUUGGUGUGAUGGUUAGGAACUCAGAAGGAGCUGUUAUGGCAUCAUUGUGUUCAUCAAUGGACUUGUUCCUGGAUCCACUCCUUGGUGAGGCUGUAGCAGCUCGAAGGGCUUCUUCUUUUUGUUCAGAAUUGGGAUUACAACAUAUUAUUCUUGAAGGUGACUCUCUAUCGGUGGUGAAAGCUAUUCAACACAAAGAGGAUAGUUGGAGUGAUACUGGUCUUGUUAUUAGAGACAUUAAGGUCAUGCUAUCCAAGUUUCUUUCUUGGUCUGUUCUACAUGUCCAUAGGGAAGUUAAUGAAUUGCACAUCAUUUGGCAAAGUUUGCUCUUAGUUGCCAAGAUGAUUGUAUACUUAUUGAGGACUAUCCUCCUUGUAUCCAGCACUUGCUUUGAUGAAUGA